CGUCCAUGGGCAGGGAGGGGGUCCUCGGAGCUGUCGUCAGCGAGGGCCGAAUCAAAAGUGGCAUUUUAGUGCCUUUCCGGGGCUUUUUCCGCGACCUACUGCCCCCCACCCUCGCAGCCCGGCUGUAGAUGCCCUGGUUGGGGGCGCGAGGCUGUGGGAAGAAAGUUUAAGGUUUGUUAAUAUCAGUCGCAAUUGUUGGGGAGGGGGCGGGGGCAAUCGGAGGGGAGCCGAGCCGGCCUUCCCCUCCCUGCGUUCUCUGGGGUGACUGGAGAAUAAUAUUGCAAGUGACAGCCAGAAGUAGACUUUCUGUCCUCACACCGAAGAACCCCAGCGAGCAGGAGGGAGGGAGGGAAUCGAAGGGACCUUUCUUGCCUUUCUGGAGACCUUGUCCGCAGUGAUUUUUUUUUUCUUUUUUUUUUUUCUUUUUAAGAGAAUCUCCACUCGCCACCUCGCCUCCCCAGCACCACCACAGUGUACCGCUCAUAACGGGUUUUGCUUUGUUUUUACGAUUUCCCCCCCAAGGAAUCACUUGUCAGAUCAAUUUUAUCUUCUCCCUCCUCCCUGCCUCCCACUCUCCCCUCCUCCCCCAUCGAAAACCCAGUUCUCUGAGGUUAGACAUUUUACAAACCAUAUAUGUUGUUUUACGAAUUGUGAUUUUUUUUUUAACCCCCCUCUCCCAUGGCUACUCUUCUAGACGCUUAUUUCUGCCCUUCCCCCGUUUAGGGGGGGCGGGGGUAGGGGAAGAGAAAAUAAUACAAUUUCAGGGGAAGUCGCCUUCAGGUCUGCUGCUGCUUUUUUUUUUUUUUUUUUAAUUAAAAAAAAAGGACAUAGAAAACAUCAGUCUUGAACUUCUCUUCAAGAACCCGGGCUGCAAAGGAAAUCUCCUUUGUUUUUGUUAUUUAUAUGCUGUCAAGUUUUGAAGUGGUCACAGUGAAAGCUUGGCCUGGAUUGUGCCGGCCAUAUGGAAUGGGUGAUCUUUACAGAGUAACUGAGUAUGGAUCAUUUGAACGAGGCAACUCAGGGGAAAGAACAUUCAGAAAUGUCUAACAAUGUGAGUGAUCCGAAGGGUCCACCAGCCAAGAUUGCCCGCCUGGAGCAGAACGGGAGCCCACUAGGAAGAGGAAGGCUUGGGAGCACAGGUGCAAAAAUGCAGGGAGUGCCUUUAAAACACUCGGGCCAUCUGAUGAAAAACAACCUUAGGAAAGGAACCAUGCUACCAGUUUUCUGCGUGGUGGAACAUUAUGAAAAUGCCAUCGAAUAUGAUUGCAAGGAGGAGCAUGCGGAAUUUGUAUUGGUGAGAAAGGAUAUGCUUUUCAACCAGCUGAUAGAAAUGGCCUUGCUGUCUCUGGGUUAUUCGCAUAGCUCUGCUGCCCAGGCCAAAGGGCUAAUCCAGGUUGGAAAGUGGAAUCCAGUUCCACUGUCUUAUGUGACAGACGCCCCUGAUGCUACAGUGGCAGAUAUGCUUCAAGAUGUGUAUCAUGUGGUCACACUGAAAAUUCAGUUACACAGUUGCCCCAAACUGGAAGACCUGCCCCCAGAGCAGUGGUCGCACACCACCGUCAGGAACGCACUGAAGGACUUACUGAAGGAUAUGAAUCAGAGUUCCUUGGCCAAGGAGUGCCCCCUUUCACAGAGUAUGAUUUCUUCCAUUGUGAACAGUACUUACUAUGCAAAUGUCUCAGCAGCAAAAUGUCAAGAAUUUGGAAGGUGGUACAAACAUUUCAAGAAGACAAAAGACAUGAUGGUUGAGAUGGAUAGUCUUUCCGAACUAUCCCAGCAAGGUGCCAACCACGUCAACUUUGGCCAGCAGCCGGUCCCAGGGAACACAGUGGAGCAGCCUCCAUCCCCCGCGCAGCUCUCCCACGGCAGCCAACCCUCUGUCCGGACCCCUCUUCCGAACCUGCACCCUGGGCUCGUGUCAACACCCAUCAGUCCUCAAUUGGUCAACCAGCAGCUGGUGAUGGCCCAGCUGCUGAACCAGCAGUAUGCAGUGAACAGACUUCUAGCCCAGCAGUCCUUAAACCAACAAUACUUGAACCACCCUCCCCCUGUCAGUAGAUCUAUGAAUAAGCCUUUGGAGCAACAGGUUUCCACCAACACAGAGGUGUCUUCCGAAAUCUACCAGUGGGUACGUGAUGAACUGAAACGGGCAGGAAUCUCCCAGGCAGUAUUUGCACGUGUGGCUUUUAACAGAACUCAGGGCUUGCUCUCAGAAAUCCUCCGAAAGGAAGAGGACCCCAAGACAGCAUCCCAGUCUUUGCUGGUAAACCUUCGGGCUAUGCAGAAUUUCUUGCAGUUACCGGAAGCUGAAAGAGAUCGAAUUUACCAGGAUGAAAGGGAAAGGAGCUUGAAUGCAGCCUCUGCUAUGGGUCCUGCCCCCCUGAUAAGCACACCGCCCAGCCGCCCUCCCCAGGUGAAAACAGCUACUAUUGCCACGGAGAGGAAUGGGAAACCAGAGAACAAUACCAUGAACAUUAAUGCUUCCAUUUACGAUGAGAUUCAGCAGGAAAUGAAGCGCGCUAAAGUUUCCCAGGCACUGUUUGCAAAGGUUGCAGCAACCAAAAGCCAGGGGUGGUUGUGUGAGCUGUUACGCUGGAAAGAAGAUCCAUCUCCAGAAAACAGGACCCUGUGGGAGAACCUCUCCAUGAUCCGAAGGUUCCUCAGCCUCCCUCAGCCAGAACGUGAUGCCAUUUAUGAACAGGAGAGCAACGCGGUGCAUCACCAUGGUGACCGGCCUCCCCACAUCAUCCACGUGCCCGCAGAGCAGAUUCAGCAGCCACCUACUCAGGCGCAGCCACAGCCAGCGCCGCCCCCAGCUCAGGCUCAGGCGCAGCAGCCACAGGCCGGGCCCCGGCUCCCCCCGCGGCAGCCCACAGUGGCCGCGCCGGCUGAGGCGGAGGAAGACAGCAGGCAGAAGGCAAGACCACGGACCAAGAUCUCAGUGGAGGCGCUGGGCAUCCUGCAGAGCUUCAUCCAGGACGUGGGCUUGUACCCAGACGAGGAGGCCAUCCAGACUCUGUCCGCCCAGCUGGACCUGCCCAAGUACACCAUCAUCAAGUUCUUUCAGAAUCAGCGGUACUAUCUCAAGCAUCACGGCAAGCUGAAGGACAACUCGGGCCUGGAGGUGGACGUGGCCGAGUACAAGGAGGAGGAGUUACUUAAGGAUUUGGAGGAGAGUGUGCAAGACAAAAAUGCUAACACCCUUUUCUCGGUGAAACUAGAAGACGAGCUGGCGGUGGAAGGGAACACAGACAUUAACGCUGACGUCAAAGACUGAGAGGUCUCCUCCUCCAUCAGCACCACUGGUAUUGACUACACGGAGCGUCCACUCUGUACGCGCUCAGCAAACCUUGUCCAUUGUUUGGCCAAUGAAUCUUCAGAAACUUGCACAAACAGGAAAGCCGCAAACGGAUGAUACAGACUGCACUAAAUGUUUUACUCUCUUUUACAAACUGCUUGGCAGCCCCAGGUGAAGCAUCGAGGAUUGUUUGGUAUUAAAAAUGAAAAUUUGUGUUCACGGGACACACCCAGGUGUGUACCCUGUAAGCAUGAUACCAGUGAUUUUUUUUUAAUUAUUAUUAUUCUGGAGCCUCAAACAAGCAUUAUAACUUCUGUGAUUAUUAUUUUCUUUAAUUAUUUCUGUAACACUUCACACUGAUCUUUGGAAACUCGCCCCUUGUUUUAAAAAAAGAAAAAGAAAAAAAGAGUUUGUUACUCUAUUGUAUGUUACAAAAGAACUAUAGACUGUGGAAUGCAGUUUAAAGAUGACAUAUGCCAACAAAUGCCUUGUAUUAUAUGGCACUGCCGUAAUUCAAAUUUGUUUUUAUUUUGGAAAUAAAAGUUCACUGUAAUUUUUUUUUCAUUCUCAUCGUUACAUGAUUUUUUAAAAAAUGAAAAGAAAAUGUGAAACACAAUUUAGUCCUCAUUAUUUAUUUGUAGAUCCUGCAGCAUCAUGUUGUAAUUAAUUUUUUGGAAGUUUCUGUUAAAUGUAAUAUUGCUUCUCUUGUUACCAUACUGAUUCUUUUCUAUUUAUAAAUGUAUUUUGAUGGGCAGUAAAACAAAGUGUCUUAAAAGUUUUAAAUAGAUAAAAUGUGCUUUACACAGUUGCCUAUAAAAAGUGCUCUAUGUUAUCCAAGCAAUUCAUACUAUAAGCUUCACUCUUAUUGUUGUAUGCAAUUUUUACUAUCAUGCAAAUAAGCUUAGGUAAAUAAAACUAAUAGAUCACCUUAGAAAAUUAUGCAAUUAAUGUGAAAAUAAUUGAUGUUGCAAUGUGUCUUCCUUUGGUUUACAAUCAAUUUUAAAGCUACAUCUGUAUAAAAUUUCUGUAUAAAGGUGUAUUUCUUUUUUAUGAGUUUAUGGCUAUGAAAACACCAGCUAUUUUGUUACAGCUGGCUGUUUUUAUAAGUGUAUCACAAUUUUCUUUAUGCAGAAAUGUUCUGAUUAGGAGUGGUUAUUGACUGUAACUACACAAUUAAAAUUGUUUGUUAUGGUAUGACAUGGUAGGGUUUGUCUGCUUAUGUGAAGUUACAUAAAAGAGUCAAAGAUGGCCCUCAGUUAGAUGCAUGUUAAUACUUUCUUGAUAUUUUACUGAUUUUAAAAAGAGCAAUGAAAAAGUCACUUAAAACACUGUAAAUUUAAAUCACAGACACAUGCUCAUUUUUAAAGUUUAACAAAGAAGAUGAUAAUCUGGUUUGGGUUAACAUUUUACUUAGCAAACAAGAGAUAGCAGGAUCGUCAAAAAAAGGACUUGCCAACAAAGACAUCAGAUCAGUCUUUAGCAGUAUGUGCUUAGAAUGGAUUCAUUUGCAUUUACUUCACAAUACUUCCAUCAUGGCAACAGUUUUUUUUAAUCUGAUGUAUAAGUAUUUUUAAAGGCCAUUAAUAGUAACAUAAGUAAGGGGGAAAAUGGACCUUCUGUAUAAAAACUCCUUAGUAAGCAAUGUAUUUUUUUAAGUUGUAAAUGGAAUAUAACUUCAAAACUCUGAGCUCAUUUUGUUGUUUAUGUUAUAUCUAUAAGAACUCCAUGAAGAAAAUAAGAAUAACACACCUGGAAUUUAAACAUGCUCGUCAAAACUCUUGCAACAUAAAACUCAGUAAACUCCCAAGAUAUAAAAUGAAGUGUGGAAAUGAGAGUCAUGGAAAUGAUUGAGGCCAGUGUUGCAGUUUUUAAAUAUUUUUUUAACUUUCAUUUUAUAUUUUGCUUCUUUUUAAGAUUUCGUAUUUGUUAUGGGGUGUCUGGGUUCCUUUGGUUCUGAAAUCACCCACUCUCUAUCUUUACCCUGGGUCCUGAUCUCAUAGGCAGGCAACUGGACUGCUUUAUUGAACUUAAGAAACUAAAAUAGCAUCCCUGGAAACUACCAAUUCAUCUUUCAAAGUUCCUGUCUACCUUUGAAGCACAGCUGAACUACUCCAAAGGCAGCUGGUUUGCUGUAAACUUUAAAAUUAUAUUGAAAAAAUUUUCAAUUCUUUUUAUUAAAUGAGAGAGCAGCUUUUAAACAUUCUUAUGACUAGGAUUCAGAGAGUCAUUUAAGCAAAAGGAAGUUGAGUUAAAACAGAAACUAGAUUUUAACAUGUAUUGGAAAAUAAUAAAUAGAAACUAGUAUACGAUGACAUUUAAAAAAAAAUCUUCUUUCUUUUCUCUGAGUUUAAGGGGAAAAGCCAGAGCCAAGGGUAUGUUUUUUUUUGUUGGUGUUUUUCGAUUGUUUUUAAAGAGCACAACACCUACUAUAAGGUGUCAAAUUUUAAUAAUAACUUUUUUAGAAGAAUUUAGGUUGCACAGAAGAUUUUCUCAUUCACAGUAACCUAACUUCUUUGGAAAUAACAUUUUCAGUGAAUUGAUGAGUGUGUGUAAGACAUCAACAUGACAAUACUAAUAAAAUUCUCAUUCAGACCCUCUAACUUAAAGAAAGCAGCACAAUCUUGCUCACUUUGUAUUUUAAGACAAAAAAAACCACAAAGCAUAUGUCGAUAAACAAGGAUGGUCAUGAUGGAGUGAGCAAAAUUAUUUUUCAGGGAAGAUGGCACAUUUUGCAAACAAUUUGUCUGCAUUACCUUCCACAUUGAGCUCCCCCAAUGUCAUCAUUUGCUCAUACCAUUCCCAGUGCUGCCAAUGGCUGUGGUAAAAUUCCUUCAACAAGCUUCAUCCUGUCCAAGUAUUUCAGAGACUUUUAAAAGCUGGGCAUGACAUAGCGCUUCGUGCUGUUAAGACCUUAGCAGAGUCAGGUAGUUUACGGGUAAUAUUCAACCUUGUGCAUCUGAAUCUGUCAUGGAUUCCUUCCCUCAGCACUUUGCCACUAAUUUGUAUUACACUCUGUGGCCAUAUAAUACUUGCACAUUAUGCAAAAAAUAAUGUUGAUAGUAUCUCCUUGGCACAUAAUAUGCAGAGUUGACACAUAACCUUUGAAAUCCAAGGUAACUAAUAUGUGUGCCCUACUUGUGUGGCACUUGAUUACAAAGCCUGUACAUAUUAUAUAUAAAAUGUGUAUUGAUUAACAUUUAGUCCUAAGGAAUUCUGAGCUUAAAGGAAGUGUUUUUCUCCAUUAGUGAUAUCUAUAUCUAAGUGUACUUCUCUAAAAUACAUAGCUUGAGUAGAAAACAUUUGCAAAUGGUUCAAGAUUGAGUGAAAAUGACAAUCCCAUACAUUCCAUUAUUCUAUUCUGCCCUAUUCAUUAUUGUUAUCAUUGGCUGAUAUUAAGGUCCUUGAUUGUCAUGAUAUUGUCAAUAAAUGAGGUAUUCUGAACUGCCUGGUGAUAUUUUCAAAAGAGAGCAAUUAAAAUGGGUACACCCUAUUAUGUAGGCAAUAGAAAUUGGACUGUUGUGUUAAAAGCAAGCCAGAAAUUUGCAUGAUAGUGUGGAAACCCAUAGAGGUGCAAAAAUAUUAAUCCUAUUUAAAAUAUCAAAAGAUACCAAUGCUAUAGUUUACCUUACAAAUAAAUAUUUUUUACUUUUCAA